CUGCUCGGGGUGUUGCCAGGCCCGGCCCCCCAAUAUCGGGCCGAGAGCCUGGAGCUCCAGAAGGGCAGGAGAGCGCGGCCGUCUGGUCGUCGCGCCAGGAGCACAGAUGUGCCCAGGCGUCGGGGCGCACAGGUCUGAGCUUGAGCGAAGCUCUUGAAGUGGGCAAGACGGCGAGAUGCCAGCGGAGGAGCCCUGCGCCCCUGGUGCUCCUGGGGCCCCUGGCGGUCCUGGCGGCCAGGGAGGAAGCCAGCGUGCGCCGGGCCCCGAGCUGCGCCUGUCCACCCAGCUGCUGCCGGAGCUCUACACCUUCGUGGUGCGCGUGCUGUUCUACCUGGCGCCUGUCUACCUAGCCGGCUACCUGGGGCUCAGCGUAACCUGGCUGCUGCUUGGGGCCCUGCUUUGGAUGUUGUGGCGCCGGAACCGCCGCGGGAAGCUAGGGCGCCUGGAGGCCGCCUUCGAAUUCCUAAACAACGAACGCCAGUUCAUCAGCCGCGAGCUCCUGGGCCAGCAUCUGCCGGCAUGGAUCCACUUCCCGGAUGUGGAGCGGGUUGAGUGGGCCAACAAGAUCAUCGCCCAGAUCUGGCCCUACCUCAGCAUGAUCAUGGAGAACAAGUUUCGGGAGAAACUUGAACCCAAGAUCCGGGAAAAGAGUGCCCACCUGAGGACCUUCACCUUCACCAAGCUCUACUUUGGACAGAAGUGCCCCAGGGUGAAUGGUGUCAAGGUACAUACUAACAAAUGCAACCGAAGACAGGUCACCUUGGACCUGCAGAUAUGCUACAUCGGGGACUGUGAGAUCAGUGUGGAGCUGCAGAAGAUACAUGCAGGUGUGAAUGGGAUCCAGUUGCAGGGCACCCUGCGGGUCAUCCUGGAGCCCCUCCUGGUGGACAAGCCCUUCGUGGGAGCUGUCACCGUGUUCUUCCUUCAAAAGCCGCAUCUGCAGAUCAACUGGACAGGCUUGACCAACCUGCUGGAUGCACCAGGCAUCAAUGAAGUGUCGGACAGCCUGCUGGAGGACCUCAUUGCUGCCCACCUGGUGCUGCCCAACCGCGUGACUGUGCCUGUGAAGAAGGGCCUGGAUGUGACCAACCUGCGCUUCCCUUUGCCCUGUGGGGUGAUCAGAGUCUACUUGCUGGAAGCUGAGAAGCUGUCCGCAAAGGACGGCUUCCUGGGACUUGGAGGCAAAUCAGACCCCUAUGCCAAGGUGAGCAUCGGCUUGCAGCACUUCCGGAGCAGGACCAUCUACAAGAACCUGAACCCCACCUGGAAUGAGGUAUUUGAGUUCAUGGUGUAUGAAGUCCCUGGGCAGGACCUGGAGGUGGACCUGUAUGACGAGGACACGGACAGGGAUGACUUCCUUGGCAGCCUGCAGAUCUGCCUGGGGGACGUCAUGACAAACAGAGUGGUGGAUGAGUGGUUUGUCCUGAAUGAUACAAACAGUGGGCGGCUGCACCUGCGGCUAGAGUGGCUGUCACUGCUCACUGACCAGGACGCUAUGACUGAGGACCAUGGUGGCCUCUCCACUGCCAUCCUUGUGGUCUUCUUGGAGAAUGCCUGCAACCUGCCGAGAAACCCUUUCGACUACCUGAAUGGUGAAUAUAGAGCCAAAAAACUCUCCAGGUUUGCCAGGAACAAGGUCAGCAGAGACCCUUCUUCCUAUGUGAAGCUGACUGUAGGCAAGAAGACGCAUACAAGUAAGAUCUGUCCCCACAGCAAGGACCCGGUGUGGAGCCAGGUGUUCUCCUUCUUUGUGCACAGUGUGGCAGCUGAGCACCUCCGCCUGAAGGUGCUAGAUGAUGACCAGGAGUGCGCUCUGGGAGUGCUGGAGUUCCCGCUAUGCCAGAUCCUCCCCUACGCUGACCUCACCCUGGAGCAGCGCUUUCAGCUGGACCACUCUGGCCUGGACAGUCUCAUCUCCAUGAGGCUGGUGCUUCGGUUCUUGCGUGUGGAGGAACGGGAGCUGGGGAGCCCCUACACAGGAGCCGAAGCCCUAAAGAAAGGCCCUCUGUUCAUCAAGAAGGUGGCCACCGACCACAGUCCCAAUGCCCCAGCCCAAGGAGAAGGCCCUACAGAUCUGCCACGUCCCCCAGACCCUUCUUCAAACACCAAGGAGGCACCCAAGAACGCCACAACCACCACCAGUGCUGUCCCCGAGCCCCAAGAGACAGGCCCAGAGCCCAAAGGCAAGGACAGUGCCAAAGGGCUCUGUGAGCCCCCGGGGAAGAAGAAGAGCUCAACCACCGUCUUCUUGACUGUCCCAGGCCCCCACUCUCCGGGGCCCAUCAAGUCACCCAGGCCCAUGAAAUGUCCUACCUCCCCAUUCGCAUGGCCACCCACAGGACUAGCUCCCAGCAUGUCCUCGCUCAACUCCCUGGCCUCUUCCUGCUUUGACCUGACAGAUAACAGCCUCUACAUUGAAGGUGGGGACUGCGGACAGCGGCGGCUUGGCGAGAUUCAGCUUACGGUUCGCUACGUGUGUCUGCGGCGCUGCCUCAGGGUGCUCAUCAACAGAUGCAGAAACCUGACGCCGUGCACCAGUAGUGGGGCAGAUCCCUAUGUCCGCAUCUACUUGCUGCCAGAAAGGAGGUGGGCAAGUCGGAAGAAGACCUCGGUGAAGAGGAAGACCCUGGAACCUCUGUUUGAUGAGACAUUUGAAUUUUUUGUUCCCAUGGAAGAAGUAAAGAAGAGGUCACUCGAUGUUGCAGUAAAAAAUAGUAGGCCACUUGGCUCACACAGAAGGAAAGAGUUAGGAAAAGUGCUGAUAGACUUAUCAAAAGAAGAUCUGAUUAAGGGCUUCUCACAAUGGUAUGAGCUGACUCCAGCUGGACAGCCCAGAAGCUGAGGAUGAGUAACAACAUUGCCGAUGUGUCAGAAUGUGUGUAUAUAUGUACAGUUUGCCAUUUGAUGAAAGUAAAUACUGUGUUAAAUUUAUCUGCAUGGCCAAACAGUAUUAGGAAGAAACAGGAAUUAUGGAAAGAACUACAAUUGGAUUUGUUCAAAUCCAGAAAGAAAUGGGGAUAUUUGUUUCUAAUUAGCAUCAAAACCUCAGUAGUGAUUUUUUUCCACUUUUGGUGGAUAAUUAUGCAUAUCUGAUUUAGGUCUUGCUAGAAAGUGUCCUAUCCCUAACAUAUAGGCUGGAAGAAGUCCUAAAGGAGCUACCAGUAUUCCUGGGCAGUUAUUGACCAAGAGAGUACACUUUUCUGGAUAUAAAAAGUGACCCCAAACUGCCAAGAGCUAGCACUGCCAAAGCCCUGUUUGUAAUUUGUGUGCCUGGACCUGUGACUCUGUGUCACAGUGAUAUACCUAAGUACUCUGGUGGCGGGGAACCUAGGGCCAAGUUCCAAACCUAGGUCUGAGUCUGAACUUUCCUAGCAGAGUGCCAAAGGCUGCUGAGGAAUGGCACUGCCAAAGGAAAAGGAGCUUUUUGUAUCUCAGACAAGUUUGGGAAUUCUGUUCUACCAUUCCAAGAGAGGGGUAGUUUACUUAAAUAACACAUUAAAAGCAAAAUAUGUAAAUUGUCUACUUAAACAAGUGCCUCUUAUGCAUUUCAAACUCUGUAAGACCACAUAGACUUGCCUUGAUAUUCUUAGAGCAGUUGUCAAGGUCACAUCCUCUUCUCUGUUAACUCAGGCGAUCACAUAAUUUAUAAGUAAUAUGAUAAACUAUUUUUUAUAAAAAUCAAAGCCUACCCCUUAAUUUGCCUUUUAAACCUAAUCUGAUUUCAGCUACAUUAUCCUGAGCAAAUAGUCUGUUAACUGAGUCAUCCAAACAUUAUGCCCCUCAAACUUCUCUCCUCCACUAAGCCAGCCCAUGCUGAAAGGGCCUCUUUCCACCAACUAUCUAACAUUUUUCAUUGUAACAGUAAACUAAAAAUGUUUACCAAGUAUCUUAUUAAGCAACUGUCAAUGAAACUGUUUCAGUUUCACUGAAACUGAACUUUAAGCUACUUGGUUUUUCACCCUCUUCUUAAGACUGUUAAGUAUAUAUACAAUAAAAAUUGGUUUCCGCUGAGAUUUCUAUUUUUGAAUGAAAAAUUUUCAUAAUAUGAGAAACGAUGUCGAUGCUGUCUACUUCAUGACAUUGUAAUUGUUCCCUAAAUAAACAAGUAUCUUAAAUGGUAAA